GGAUUUCAGGGUCUCAAAGCACUCUGGUCUCCUCAUACGGGUGUUGUUGACUGGGGAGAGGUGGCGAGAGCACUCGCUAAAGACUUUGAAAAGAAAGGCGGAACUGUCUACAUAAAUUACCCUCUGAAAUCAGUAGCCUCUUCGCCAGAUCCAAACUUCCCUAUUGCUCUGCAUUCUAAUUCACAAAAUUGCCAUAUUCACACCAAAAAUCUGAUCACCUGUACGGGGCUGCAGUCUGAUCGUGUCGCACAGCUCACCGGAUGUUCACCACUGCCAAAGAUUAUUCCAUUCCGUGGAGAAUAUCUCUACUUGAAACCAGAAAAACGAUACCUCUGCAGAGGCAACAUAUACCCUGUGCCCAAUCCAGGACUGCCAUUCCUCGGCGUCCAUUUCACCCCACGCAUGGAUGGUAACAUUAUUUUGGGUCCGAAUGCUGUGCUGGCGUACAAACGAGAAGGAUACGGUUAUUUCCAAAUCUCACCGUAUGAUCUCUUCGAGUCCUUGACUUACAGUGGCAUGCGAAAAUUGACUUUCAAGUACUUGAAAUAUGGAUUAACCGAAUUAUAUCGUGGUAUUUUUAUAUCCGCUCAAGUGAAACAACUACAACGAUUCAUCCCUGAAUUGAGGUUAAGCGAUGUGACAAGAGGUUUUACCGGUGUGCGCGCUCAAGCCAUGGAUCCGGAAGGUAACCUUGUUGACGACUUCGUUUUUGACAGCGGUACAGGACCAUUGUCGAAAAUGGUGCUUCAUGUACGUAAUGCACCAUCACCGGGAGCGACAUCAAGUCUAGCGAUAGCGAAAAUGAUAUCUCAGGAGGCCAAGACAAGAUUUUCUCUGUAG